AUGCCAAGGGCUAAAACAUCAGAAAACGGCGUCGUUCGGCAACGACUGUCUCUCAGUGACGUUGGUCUUAAAUAUCUAGCUAUGUCGGCAACGUGCAGAGAAGCAUCCGAGGAGGAGGAGGGCUUUGCGACAGCGAUAUCACUCAAUCACGUCCCUCACGGAGUUAAAGACGGGAGCGACAAGAAGAUUCUUGUAGACAUGUUGUUGUGGGCAAUGGAGAACAAAGCUCCUGCUAACGUGGUGCUGAUCUCUGGUGAUGGAGAUUACUCCUAUGUUCUUCAUCGGUUGAGGAUGAUUGGGUACAAUGUUCUUUUAGUACGACCUGAGCAUGCAUCUCGCUUUCUAAUUGCUGCUGCAAAUACAAUAUGGUUGUGGAGGAGCAUUGUUGCUGCUGGUGGCUAA